CCUUCCCUCUCCCCGCGUUAUGCCCUCCCGUCUCCGUCUCUGUCUGUAUCCGUGAGUGGCAAGUUGCCUUGAUGGUGGAUAGCGCCUCACCAAAGAAUUUCUUGAGUGCCGAGAAUAUUUUCUCGACGGCUCAGGUCUCAGACCGGGCAUGUAAACAUGCACUUAAGGUCCACCUAUCGUUAACGCACUAGAAAUGUGUUUCAUUAGUUGUGGACUAGAAGAAAGAUGACAAAUUUCAAGAAUACGACACGUAGAAAAGUGGUUUUAGCUGUUGUAGUUAUAUUUCAAGUUUUAUGCCUUUCACAAUGUGAAGAAAAAGAAGUGUAUAGAGGAAAAUUUUUAGGAAAAAUAAAUUCGUACCAUCACCAAGUAUCUGGAGAUGUGUAUGCAGUUGAUGAGUACACAUUUUUGUUGACUGAAUUUAAUUAUGAUGGAAAUGGAGCUGAUACAUUUUUCUGGGCUGGUGCAUCUAAUCGCCCAGGACCGCAAGGAUUUAUUGUACCAGAUGAAUAUGGAAAGACAAAUAUUUUGGCACGGUACUUCAACAAAGACUUCACUAUUACUUUACCAGAUGGAAAGAAGAUCACAGAAAUAAAAUGGUUUGCCAUUUAUGAUCUUACAAGUCAGAAUGCUUUUGGUGACUUAUACAUCCCUGAGGACUUUGAACCACCAACAGUUCAAAAAAUUUCUCAGCUAAGUAAACGAUCCCAUGAUGUUGGAUCAGAGUCCAUUGAAAUUAUAGAUGCAAAGACCUUCCGAAUACCUGAGCUGAACUAUAACGGAGCUGGCAAAGAUACUUACUUUUAUGUUGGUGUUGGACCACAACCAUCAUCAAAAGGAACAAAAGUACCAGAUGAAUAUGGCUAUUUGGACCCCAUUCGGGCAUAUAAGAGAGAAACUGUCACUUUGGAACUGCCUGGUGAUUUAACAAUAUUUGAUAUUGACUGGCUGAGUAUAUAUGAUGUGGAAUCAAAAGAAAAUUAUGGUUCAGUAAUAGUGCCUGACGGGUUGAAUGUACCCCCUUCACUAGUCAAAAUAAUUCCCCGAAAAAAAGCUCUUCCAAAUUGUUACCAGUUGCAUAAAGAUUUACAAGUUGGCUGGGAUGUUUUUGGGCCACAAAUUACUAUUGAACUAGCAGGGCAAAUAGACGAUGACGCUUACAUGUCAUUUGGUCUCAGUGGUGCAGUGGAUCGCAGUCAGAUGAUGGGUGCUGAUAUUGCUGUUGCUUAUAUGGAUGGUUUUCGAGGAUAUGCAACAGAUUAUAAUGUUACAGCCUUAUCUCCUUGUAUAAAAGUUCUUGGCCAACACAAGGGUGUUUGCCGAGACGACUUGAUAGGAGGCUUGGACGACAAUCAGCUUCACACAGCUGAAAGGGUAGAUGGUGUGACCUACAUCACAUACAGACGUAUGCUAAUGUCAGCUGAUAAAAAUGAUAGAGAGUUUCCAACUGAAGGGGGUGUUUACGUUGUCUGGGCCUUAGGUCAUCUGGAUCACAACAAGGAACCCACAUUUCAUGAUUUCUAUGCACGUGGAAAUGUAAGGCUUGAAUUAUCACGAAAAGACAACUAUGACAACUGCUUUGCAUUUACAAAACCUUUGGAAAAAAUAAGAGAGCCUUGGGAACCAAAUCUCAUCCUAGACCGCACAACCCGCACAUUCACUGCAACCCUUGGCCCAUCAGGAGGAAAACGUGGAUAUCAAGGCCAAACAGGUAUGACAUCCAUGGGACUAUCCUGGUAUAUCAAUGGCAUGCUUAUACCAGAACUUUGGAUGCGACGAGGCUUGACUUAUGCUUUUCGGGUACGUGGUGGUAAUAAUCCUCAUAGUGCAGAAACAUAUCAUCCUCUUAUAAUCACUGAUGAACCCCAUGGAGGUUUUGAUCGCCUCAGUGAUGCUGCGCAAAGAGAAGUUAGAGUUUUGGCAGGUGUUGAAUUUCUGCGGCGUGGACAACCUCGACCACUUGCUGCUGGUCCGCUUUGUCUCAGCCGGCAUAAGAGCAAAGACCGCCGACUUGAUGAUGACUUCCCGACUUUCAAGAAAUUCAACCGUAGCUUGGAAUUUACAUGUGAACCUGGUGACCCUGCUGUUCUUGAAGUGACACCUAAUACCUCAUGGCCAGACAUUGUUUACUACAAUAGCUUCACUCAUAACAAUAUGGGUUGGAAAAUUCAUAUUGUAGACAAUUUUGCUCGUGGCUCAGCUUUUACCAGCUUACCAUCAAGAUUCCUACUAUUGACAAGUAUUGUAAGCCUAGGAUCACACUUUAUCUGACUCUAGUAAAAAGAAAUAUAAUAAAUGAGCUGAGAUGAACAACUAAUAA